CAGCGGUCGGCGGCACACUGCUCCGGUGGUCAACUCAGCGCUAACAAGUUCUCGCGGUCAGUAAUCGGCUAGCCGCUGCCUAUUGGUCAGCAAGAUGUGUCGGACAAUCGUCGUCGCGCUCUGGGCCUCGGUUCUGGCAACAGCCGUCCUGGCCAUACCUACUCCGGACAGUGCUGCCGCUUCGGAGGCCAUGGUGAUGGAAGAGACUACGUUCAAGACGGGGCCGAUGGCCGACCAGCAAACUGCCAUGCCCAAGGACCCAAUGACCAAUGUGGAGAAACCGAUGGCCAACGAAAUGCCUGCUAUGAUGGAUGAGAUGAUGAAUCAGGAAUCAGUGGAGGAUGCGAUGAUGCAUCCAAUGGCCGAACCACCCAUGGUUGAAAUGGAAGAAAACCGAUCUCCGAGCGAGGACAGUGGCCCUGCUGACCAAGAGGCCACUGGGAGAUCGACUGGGUACGAGACAGUGGCGGAUGCCUUCAAGCGCAUUUACUCCGAGUGCAUGGAGGAAGGGUCCUUCUCUUGCGUCAAGCCCAAGGUCAUGGCCUUCCUCAGAGCCACCGCCAGGAAGGACGCCAUCUUCCUGACCAGGGACCUGGCCAUCGAGAAGACUGGUGCAUAUUCUCCUACCAGCUACGAAUAUGUGCAGGACAACGAAGCCGAGGAUCCCGACAUGCUGUCCCGGGUGGAGCGCUUCCUGGGCAGCCACGCGCUGCGCGUCCGCCUGCCUGAGGAGCUGCGCUCGGGCCGCGCCGCCCAGUACGUGCCCGCAGCCCUGCUCUCCGGGUUGCCUACCGAGGUACGGGUGCCGCUGGCGGACCCCGCCGUCGCCCAGUCCGAAGCCCGCGGCUUCAUGAAGAAGGUGGUGAUGCCGUUCCUGCUGGGCCUCAAGUUCAAGGCGGCGGCCGUGCUGCCGCUGGCUCUGGCGCUGAUCGCGCUCAAGACCUGGAAGGCCCUGACCUUGGGCCUGCUCUCGCUGGUGCUCACGGGCGCCAUGCUCAUCUUCCGCCUGAGCAAGCCCAAGGUGGUGAGCUACGAGGUGGUGCACUACCCGCAUGCCACGGUCGAGCACCACGCGGCGCCCGCGCCCGCGCCCUACGACCACCACGGCUACGGCCGAGCCCUGCCCUUGGGUGCCGCCGCCGACCUGCCCUACAGGGCCUACGCGCCCUCCGCCAGGCGCUGACGCCGCCUCGUGAAGACACACAUUAAAUUAUUUAACUUAUUUGUACCGACUUCUGUUCAAAUGUCAGCGUGAAGCUACGAGUGUACGUAAGAUACUGUG